AUGGCUGCUGGAAUGACACCAUCGUCUUCAACCUCAGGGAUCUUCUUCCAAGGAGACAAUGAUGAAUCACAAAGCUUCAUCAACUCUCACUUCACUUCCUCUUACGGCAACAACAACAACCCUCCUGGUUGUGGUGGCUACCACAACCUCAGUGAUCUUCACAACCCUGCUGCUAUGAUGUCUGUCUCAACCCCUGGAGCUAGCUCCAUGGUCACUGACGCCAACUCAGGAGGAGGAGGAGGUCUCUCCGGUGGUGGUCCUAACCUCCAGCGUAGUGCCAGCAUCAACAACGAGUCCUACUUGCGUUUACCCGCUUCCCCAUUGUCAUUCUCCUCUUCAUCGGUCGCCGACGGGUCCACGGUAGUGCAGCGAGGAGGCUCCAGCGCUACCUCGCUUCGCCGCGGGGCCUCGGAGACUUUCUUCCAGGACCCUACGCAGGCGAGGAAGAAGCCUCGCGAGGGGAGUAUAGUUUAUUGGAGGAAGUUUGUGAACGAGUACUUUUCACCACGUGCAAAGAAGAGAUGGUGUCUCUCUCAUUAUGAUAAUGUUGGUCAUAGCGCACUUGGUGUUUCUCCUCAGGCUGCAACGGAAGAGUGGCAGUGUGAUCUUUGCGGUUCUAAAUCAGGAAGAGGAUUUGAAGCAACUUUUGAUGUGUUGCCAAGGCUUAACGAGAUCAAGUUUGCAAGUGGUGUCCUUGACGAGCUUCUUUACCUCAGCGUCCCUGCUGAACGGAGAUUCCCUUCAGGAGUUAUGGUGUUGGAAUACGCAAAAGCAGUUCAGGAGAGUGUGUAUGAACAUAUCCGUGUUGUCCGUGAAGGCCAUCUUCGGAUCAUAUUCUCCCAAGAGCUUAAGAUCCUCUCUUGGGAGUUUUGUACUCGUCGACAUGAAGAGCUGCUUCCUCGCCGCCUUGUAGCUCCACAGGUGAAUCAAUUGCUUCAGGUUGCAGAGAAGUGUCAGAGCACAAUUGAUCAAAGUGGACCAGAUGGGAUUCAUCAGCAGGAUUUGCAAGCAAAUAGCAACAUGGUCAUGGCUGCUGGGAGACAACUAGCGAAAAGCUUGGAGUCACAUUCACUCAAUGACUUAGGCUUUUCUAAACGUUAUGUUCGGUGUUUACAGAUCUCUGAGGUUGUAAGCAGCAUGAAAGACAUGAUUGACAUGUGCCGUGACCAAAAAGUUGGUCCAAUAGAGGCGUUGAAGAGUUAUCCAUAUAGAAUGAGGACAGGGAAGAUGCAGAUGCAGGAGGUGGAGCAAGUAGCAGCUAAUGCUUCUCAAGGACUUGCACCUGAUAGGAACAGUGUCAACAAGCUAAUGUCAUUGCGCAAUAACAUACCUAUGAACGGUGGUCAGGGCUCUGCACAAGCCGCUGCUUUUGCUCUUACCAAUUACCAGACCAUGCUAAUGAAACAGAAUGCUGAGCAAACCAACGGUAGUCUCCAGCAAGAAUCUACAAGAAACAUGAGCCCAUCUCCGAGCUAUCAAGGAGCUAUUGGUUCUUCCCAUCUGUCUCCUCAGUGGCAAAUGCCAAGCUCUAGUUAUAGUAACUCCUCAGUUCAUCAGCAAUACCAACAACAACAGCAACCUUCGUGUAGUGGCAGUAAUAACCAAGCGCUGGAGCAACAGAUGAUUCACCAGAUAUGGCAACAGAUGGCAAACAGCAACGGAGGCGGCUCCGGGCAACAGCAGCAGACACUGUCUGGUCAGAACAUGGGAAGAAACAGGACAGAUUAUGUUCCCACUGCGGAAACACCGAGCACAUCCAACAGGUUCAGAGGUGUUAAAGGGUUAGAGCAGGGGCAAAACCAGGAAGGGAUGGUGGUGUCAUCUAAUAACACAUGUUUCAACUUUGAGAAUAACGGCUUCUUUAGCAAUGGGGUUGAUGAGAGCAUGGAAUAUCCUUGGAAGGCAUGA